AUGUUGUCGGUCGGUCGGUCUGUUUCCAGGCACCACAGCAUUUAAAAAGGGGGAAACAGCGCGUCGUGCAGCAGCGGAUCGAGGUUCCCUCCCGGAUUAGGGGGCGCAGAGCUGCUGCAGCCUCUCAUACCGCCGUCGGUGUGGCUUCUCCGCGGUGUUUGUUUGUCUGUAUGUACGUAUGUGGCCGUUGUGUAAAUGCUCACGAAGAUGCUCGUCUUACUCUGUGCGCUUUCCGCGGUGACCUGCCUGAGCCUGUGCCUGGGCGAUUGCCCUAAAAGGUGCGUCUGUGACUCUUCCAAAGAGGUGCAAUGCUACAGGAUCACAUCUGUUCCCAGAGCCAUCCCGCGGGAUACCAGGAAAGUUCAUCUUGGACGCAAUAACAUCAAGCAACUGCGGGUUUCAGAUUUCAACGGGCUCACCAGGCUUGAGGAUCUUGUGUUGGUUUCAUGUGGAGUGGAAGUGGCAGAAGCUAACACAUUUACAACCCUGAAGAAUCUGAGAACACUGGAGCUAUGGAAGAACAAAUUGAGGAAUGUUCCUGGCAAGUUCCCCUCAAACUUGGAAGUGUUAAAACUGGGUAAUAACAGAAUUCAGAAUAUACGGGAGACUGACUUUGAAGGAUUAACAAAACUUAAGGUCCUGGAACUUCAGAACAAUAGGAUCUCUGCCAUCCACACCGGUGUUUUAUCAUCUAUUUAUAGGCUGGAAAGUCUUGUCUUGGACGGUAACGGUCUUGAAAUAUUAAUAGGUCCACUAAAGCUUGCUCACCUGAAACGUUUAAGCAUUCAGAACAACAAAUUGUCUUCUCUGCCUUCAAACUUCUUCAGUUUCUUACCAUCGUUGCUUUUCCUCAGUUUAUCGGGGAACGCAUUUCGAAAGGUCCCACAAGAAAUGCCACCAUCAUUGUGGUCUUUAAAACUGGACAGAAAUAUGAUCAGAGUAUUACGGAUUCAAGACAUGAACUAUCUCAGUCAUCUCUCUGAGCUCUCCCUUUCCGAAAAUAGACUUUCUGCAGCAAAUGAGGCUCUGGCAUUGACAAAUUUAUCCAUAGUAGACCUGUCAAAAAACCAUCUGAAAUCAGUGCCCACCAGGUUCCCGUCACAGCUUCGGACAUUAGAUUGCAGCCACAACUUUAUCCAAAAACUUACACUGAAGGAAUUCACUGGACUGUGCGAGCUGAAACAUCUGUUCCUAGAAUACAACAACAUCACUUUUAUUGAUCCAGAUGCACUGCAGCACUGUCUGCAUCUUUCAGAUUUGGCACUGGAGCAGAAUCAUUUGUCGUUCUUCCCAAAUGGACUUCCAGACACUCUUAUAAGGCUAGAUCUGAAAGGAAAUAAUAUCAAAAUCAUUUGCAAAGAGACAGUUGAAAAACUGAAGCGGCUGCAAGUUCUGAAUCUACGUAACAACAGGUUGUCAUCUCUCAACCCGGAUUUACUUGGAUACCUCCCCCGCCUCAAACGGCUUUACCUGGAUGGAAACCCCUGGAACUGUACAUGUGACCUCAUGGAAACGCGAAUGUUUCUGACGGCAAGAUAUCUGGAUAUCAGAAGCGGUCACUGUGCCACCCCAGUCCAUUAUCGGGGUGAAACCUGGAUUUCUUCUAUCAAGGUUCUGAACAGUUGUGGACACAAUUCUAAAAGUGGCUCAAAAGGAAAAGCAAUUCUUCCAAAUGACGCAAAGAAAGCACAAAAUAAUGAUAGCCUGAAUACCAACAGCCAAACUGACAAUGAGGAAUAUUAUGACUACGAUACAGAUUAAGAAUCAGUGACCAACAUCUUAAUUGCUUAACACUUCUAAUUGCACGUGGAUGUGAACCUAUAACCAAUGGGCUAAUCUAAAUUGAAAUUUACUUUUUAAGUGUAAUUUAAUUUUAAAUUCUGCAAAUAGUCACCAAUUGUUAGUGGAAGCUCGGUUUACACUAUGAAUCCCUUGAAAUAGACAGUUGCAAUUUAGCGCGUGUGUACCAUAAUUUCCUUUACUAUUCAAUUGCAAUUCAAACAGAUUUUUGGGAUGAUUUACUUUGUCAUUGGAUGGAUCAGAAACAUUUGCAUAAGCAUGGACCCACUUUUGAGUUGGAAGCCUUGAAUUAACAUUAUUUUUGUUUGACCUUUAUGAAAGGAUAACAUCAUAAUCUGAGUGUAUGUUUAAGAAAUUUGUGAUACCAGGCACAAUAUGUUUUAGUAAAACGUG